AGCAGUUUCUCCGUAAAUGAUAAGCGAUACGGCUAUUGUGCCGGCGAUACCGUAUGAAACCGCAGCGCAAUGGAUCAUCAAGUAUAGACGGGUUUAGAUAAGAUUAUUUUGAGUGUGUUAAAGUCUUAUUAAUUUUCAACGGUACAUUGGAGCGCGGCUCGGCGGACGGUGAAUAGGAUGUCUGGCUUCGACGAGAAUCCCUUCGGGGAGCCGAACGUUAAUGAUCCGUUUUCGGAUCCUUCAAUUAGGAGGGCUGUUGCUUCUACUCCAGCCAGCAGAGGCUUAGAGGACUACAACCCCUUUGCGGAGCAAGGUUCGCAGGGGACUGCACAGGUCAGAGGUGCAUCAAAUCCUCCACUUUAUGGAGGGCUUGGUUCAACACAGCAACCAGCUAUACUUCAGACUUCUAAUCCGGAGACACCACCACCUCCAUACACGCGUACUCCACAGCAGACCGUCACUGCAGCCCUUGGAAGCAAUAUCUCUCCUCCAUUAGAUCAAAGGCCAGAACCAGAAUGGAAAGCGAGGACAGAGGAAGAUAUGAGAAGUUCUGCCUACUAUCCAAAGCGGAACUGGCCACCGUUGCCUGAAAAGUGCUGCUUCCAACCGUGCUUCUACCAGGAUAUUGAGGUGGAAAUUCAUACAGAUUUUCAGACCACAGUGAAGCAAUUGUACAGAUUGUGGAUGUUCCAUGGCUGUGUAAUGGUCUUGAAUGUCAUUGGUGGAUUCGUGCUGUUAUUAAGUCACGGGGAAUUCUCGACGUUCGGUCUCGGAAUAUUAUACCUUAUUCUGUUUACCCCGUUCUCGUUUCUGUGCUGGUUCAGACCAGCUUACAGAGCUUUCCAGCAUGACAGCUCGUUCAACUUUAUGGUAUUCUUCUUCGUGUUCUUCUUUCAAUUAAUCGUCACAGCCAUCCAGGCUAUUGGUAUUCCUGGCGCUGGAACUUGCGGUAUAAUAACAGCUAUUAGAAUGUUCGAUUCAUCGGCCUCGGGAAUUUUCGUUGGGCUUUUGCUACUCUUCGUAGCUCUUUGUUUCGCCGCGGCUGCUGCCGGCGAUCUUUUAUUGUUGACUAAGAUCCAUCGUAUUUACCGUUCGUCGGAAGCCAGCGUGUUGAAAGCACAACAGGAGUUCGCAACAACCUUCUUGCGCAACGAGCACGUGCAAAGCGCGGCGAGCACCGUCCGCGCUCAGAUGUCGAACGCCGCUACCCAACCCCGUUACUAAAGCGAUCGCGACGCUCUUCAGGAUCCACUCUUCAGACUACGGGAACAUUGGGUUAGAUCGUUGCCGUUACUUUAACCGGGUGUAUGUCUGAUCGUCUCGAGUCGACUUGGAUCGCUGUGUAUCAAGUAUAAUUGCCUGGGAGGAACGAGAGAAAGGGAAAACUGGGAACGCGGACGGUUCCAGGACCUCGUUGUUAGUCGAGACUGGUAUCAAACAGAUCCUGCUGUCGCGAGAUCUAUUUUUACACGAUGUUUAAAUUCAUUCUAAUGAUUGACCACAUAUUUAUUGAAUGGCGAUGAGCAACAAAGUAAAUUCGUUUUGUACAAACAGGAAGGAAAUGGUUGUUUAAAUUUUAUAAAUAUGCUGGUGUAUUUGUACUUAUGUAAGCGAGUAUAUAAAAAAAAAGAGAGACUUAAGUGACAAAUAAAAGAUUUAGUUUACACACAGAGACCAUCUCUUCCGUUCGGAUCGAGUAUUUCGCAGGAACUUAGAAGCACAACCGUUCACAGUAGAUUCUCCAGUUGUUCCAGGCCAAUAGUUCUCAGUAUUAUUCUACCUGCAAUUAGAAAUAGCCUUGAUCUUUCCUUCGGUGCGAUUAUUUUGUUUAAACUCUGUAGGAAUGAAUAAUGUAUACCUUCAGAUUGAUAUGUUGCCAUCGGAUCCUCCGGAAAUGAGCCUCCAGUAUCAGCCUUAGACGAAUGUCCUGUACCGAUUAACUUAACCACAAAUAUGGCGUCCAUCAGUUCAACCUUCGAUCUGUACAUCAGCCUAGCGUGGCCCUCCGCCAGUCUAAAGAACAAUUAUAAUUAUUUUAACCUGUUAACCUCUUUCUUUGCCAUUUCUUUCAUAAUUCUUCGCAUUAGAAUUAUACUAUACGUAAUUAUUUAUUCUAAUAAACAAUAAUUCUAUGUUUCUUUCGAAUCUACGUUUAUAGACAUUUAAUCCUGACUUCGAGUAACCAGAAGUACUUAGUAACAUUCGUUGAAUUUAAUGAAAAAUUGUCCUCGCUAGACCUGCGAGGUAUCAACCAAGUAACAAGUGCCAUUCAAGCACCGUAAUACCAAGCACAAAGAACGAAUUACCUCGACGUAUUCAAUCAACGAAUUCAAAAGUAGAGAGUCAUUCAACGGGUAAUAAAUUACGUUACAUUCUUUCUACCUGAUAAGACUAUCAAGUAAUCGCACUGUCGUUCGCUCUUCCCUUCUUCCCGGGCGGGAUCUGUGAUAAAGAUAAGCGGUUCUAAGCACCAGCUCGGCUUCCUUAGUCAUCUCCGGUUGCAAAGAAUGAACGUGAGCGAAAUAUUCCCGCAACGCGUCCUCCUUCCACACUCCGUCGGUGUCCAACGACUCGAUGUAUUUGUUCAAUUCCCUGUUAAAACGGAACGAAAGCUAGAACCGAGGAAUUUA